UAUCCUCAGCCGGGAUGGAUACUCGGCUGCAUCCUUGGCUGCGUCUCAAUUCGUGGGUUGCAGCCGACGUGGACCGCUCGGCUGUUUGUGUCAUUUCAGGCCAACCAUACRUGUCGGCUGCAUAAACCGCUGUGGAUUAGGACGGGUCUAGCCUACGGAUGACGUAUGUUAACGUGACCACGCGCUGCGCCGUAACCACGUGUCCAAACAAGUGGGGACAAUGGACUGGCAAAAAGAAAUUGUAAUUUCGAUAUUCUUAGCAUUAAUGGAGGAGCUGAGUGUUUCUCAUCGACGUCAGUACAUUUACUUUAGGCUGACAGAAGACUGCAACAACAUCAGAUCACAGUACUGCAGGCUGAACCUAACCGUUCCAGUGCUGCAGGCAUUUUUUAAUGGGCAGGACACCAGAACUGACUUUAGGCUGAGCAGAAAGUCCCUGGCAGUGCUGAUGAACCUUUUGAGCCGAGAGCGACGACAUGGAUGGGGUGCCACCAUUGAGACCCUUGUUUUCCUCUUCUGGUUGGCAAGUGGGACCUCAUACAGGGUGGUCGCCAGGGCCUUUGACAUGCCCCAUUCCACUGUCCACCGCAUUGUCCACAGGGUGACCAGACAAGUGGUGGACAUUCGCCACCAGGUCAUCCACUUCCCAACUACAGCUGAGGACCUGGAAGCUGUGGGUCAAGGGUUUGCAGUGCUGGCAAGACACCACGCUUUCAGGAAAGCUGCUGGAGCAAUCGACAGCUGCCAUGUCAGGAUCAAGCCACCUGGUGGCCCUGAUGGUCACGGCUACAAGAACAGGAAACUGUUCGCAUCCAUCAUUCUGCAAGCAGUUUGUGACCAUCAGGGCCGUUUCAUUGAUACGUACGUGGGCUGGCCUGGGUCUGUCAACGAUGCGAGGGUGGUACGCCACAGCCCCUUGUACAGGUCAGCCUACCCUCCUCCAGGGCACUUCAUUCUUGCUGAUGGAGGAUACCCCUGCUUGCAGCGACCACUMCCCCUCAUUACUCCAUACAAGAGAAUGGUACAAGGUGUGGCUGCCCAGCGUUUCAACAGGCAUCACUCCAAGGCUCGCUGUAUUAUAGAGUGUGCCUUUGACAUGAUGAAAAGCAGGUUUAGAGCCAUCUUCCUGCAAAUGCUGGAGGUACACCACACCUUCGCUCCUCAUGUCAUAACAGCAUGUGCCGUCCUUCAUAACAUCUGCCUUGGGGCUGGUGACAUUAUGGCCCCGGAGGAUGAGGAUGAGGAUGAGGAUGAGGGGGAGGAUGAGGAUGAGGAUGAGGGGGAGGCUGACCAGGAAGCUGUAAGUGGGGCUGUCUGGAGGGACCAGAUGGCAGCAGAGGUUUCUGCCCUGGAGGAGGCACCAGUGGAUCAUGACUAUUGUUGAGUGACAUGGCAGCCAUUGAUCCUGCCAGCCCUGCAAACCCGGCUCGUGGACAAAGCGAUGGACAGUGGACUGAUGGCACGUCAACGGCUUUGCAGUCCACCCAGAUGAUGUCCUGCUGAAGAGGGAAACCAGGGUCUUCUUUGGUGGCAGCCCAUCACUUCAUCAGCACUGUUAGGGACUCUCUGCUCAGCAUUAAAUAAUGUUUUAGUUUUUAUGACCCCUGCAUGCGAAGCGUAAGCGGGAGUCAUAUUAUUGUUUUCAUAC